AUGACCAUCGUCCAUUCCUCGCACGAGUUUGCCCCAGAAAAAUGCGAUUGCCAAGCGGAUUUGGAUUCGGAGAAAGAGGAAUGGCAGACAAGAUUGAGACCUGAGGAAGGUGUGGGGAUGGCAGGCGAGGAACUUAGUCUGAGGUUGGGGCUUACUUUUUGUUUCAUCGCCACAUCUUCGGCCCUACCUAUUUCAAACUCUGGACUCAUCGGUGGUUCUGCGCAAAGGUAUUUGGUGCAGUUUGGCUACUUGCCUGAGUCUGAUGUGGAGGUGGGAAAUCUCCGUACUGAGGAUGAGCUUGUAAAUGCCCUCAAACACCUUCAGAGAUACGCGGGAAUCCCGGCGACGGGUGAGAUGGACGCGGCGACUCGGAAGCUGCUGAAGAAGCCCCGCUGCGGCCUCCCCGACCCCAUCCCCGUGGAAUCGGGGAGACGGAACAAGAGAUACACGCUCCAAGGGGCCAAGUGGGACCACACCAACCUCACCUGGCGGGUGGACAAGUGGACAACCCACCUUGGAAAACAUGAGGUGAGAACAGAGCUGGAGCAUGCUUUUGAACUAUGGUCAUCUGCCUCACGCUUGACCUUCACCGAGAUCCGCCACCAUUCAUCUGACAAUGAUGCAGACAUCCUUGUCUCCUUCCACAGGGGUUAUCAUGAAGAUGGAUACCCAUUUGAUGGGGAAGGGACAGUGCUGGCCCAUGCAUUCUUCCCAGGAUCUGGCCGGGGUGGGGAUGCCCACUUUGAUGAUGAGGAGAAAUGGGCCUCCCACCCCACUGUUGGUGGCAAAGGUGGAGUCAGCCUUUUUGCAGUAGCAGCUCAUGAAUUUGGUCACAGCCUUGGAUUAUCACAUUCCUCAGUUGAAUCUGCCCUCAUGUUCCCUUGGUACAAGGGACUUGAAUACUCGUACACCCUCCCCAAGGAUGAUACCUAUGGCAUUGAGCAGCUCUAUGGAGCGAAAGAUGGAACACGAUGGGCACCCCUCCCACCCAACCCUGCAACAAGCAGUCCCAGCAUACCAGUGCCACCCACGACCAGUCCUCCAACUCCACGAACGACCCCAGUGAAUCCACCUCCAAAGCCAGUGGAUGUGAAGCCAGACAGUUGUGAUACGGCAUAUGAUGCCAUAUCUGUAAUCAGGGGAGAGCUUUUCAUAUUUCGAGGAAAGUACUUCUGGCGUGUGGGGAAAGAUGGAUUGGUGCAGGGCGAAGCAAUUGAGAUCACGCGAUUCUGGUAUGGUCUCCCAAAUGACCUCACCCAUGUGGAUGCCCUCUAUGAACGACCUCAUGACAUGAAGAUCGUGUUUUUCAUUGAUGCAGAGUACUAUGUGUUUGAGGGGAACCAGAAGGAGAAUGGGUAUCCACGUCCCCUGACAGAUUUGGGUCUACCAAGUGACCUCUCCCACAUUGAUGGUGCCAUGGUCUGGGGUCACAAUGGCAAGACCUAUUUCUUUUCCUCCACAAUGUACUGGCGGUGUUAUCAUGAGACUGGAGGUGUCAGUGACAGGAAGCAUACUGGCCAACCACAUUCUGUUCACAUGGCAAAGCUUGUCAAGAAUGUGAAGGCAUGGAUCAGGUUCAGGCCGGUGAUCAAAAUGGAUACCUUGCACACAACCAUGCGAUUUGAUGAAGAACAUGGGAAGGUGGAACUGGACUACCCACGUGACAUGUCCAUGUGGCGAGGGAUCCCCUACAACAUUGAUGCUGUCACACAGUGGUCUGAUGGUGAGUCUUAUGCUAAAUUUCUGCUCUUUGGAAGU